UCUUUUGGCAAUGGGUUUUGUCCAACAUUGACAAAUCGUCAGGUAAGAUGUUUAUAGCAUUGGUAUACUGCUAUUGGAGUUGCAGAGAAAUGGCGGAGGAAGAAAAAUAAUAUAAUAAAUUUUUUUUCUUUUUCUGUUCUGGGUUUGUUUAUUUUUAACAUUGAAAGUUGGAAGGAAAGUGCCAUGUGGUGAGCUCAGAGGUCUGCACAUGGUUUCUCCCAUUUCCAAAGCUGUGAGGCUGUAAAUCGAUACAGGAAAAACAGGUGUUUGGGGUUUUUCAAGAGAAUCAGUUGCAGAGAAAAACCAGCUGAUUGGUGCUAGCAAAUGAAAUCCUAGUUUAUUACAAGUUGGGAACCGUGAGCCUGUGAUGUGGGAAACAACAUGGUAAUUUACUUUCAGUGCAGCCCUUUUUUUAAAAAACAGUAGCCCUUUUAUCUCAUCUUAAUUUGCUUCUGCUUGCCAAACCAGUUCAGGUUUAUCUGUAUUACCUCAAAUCCCUAAAAGCAAACUUGCCUUCUUCUUCAUGUCAUUUUAUAAUACUUUAUAUGAUCUGCGUUUUGAAUCUACAUAUAUAUACUAAAUGAACCUUUCCCUUUUCGUCUAUGUGUGUUUUCUGAAAGAUUGAAGCUUGAAAUUGUCUUCUUCUUUUGGUCUCUAUAAAAACCCUAUGAUCCCAUAUCUUUCUUCAUUUUUCCCUUAUCCAGAGCCAUCACCAUAGUCUCCCAAAAGCUAUUACUGCAUAUUAGAGCAAACUAAAAGGUGAACAGCUCUUCUGCUGCUUCUGUUUCAUCAGAUUUCCUUUCAACCAUAACCAUAUUUUCCUUCUAUUUUCAUUCUUCUGAUUUUUUUUAUCUUUAGAAAGACACAGUUGAGUAUCAAAUGUCUUAUUCUUUGUGUUUCUCCAGAAACUCACUACCAUGGAUUGCUGCUGUUGUACCGUUUAUGGUUGUUUCUGGUGCCUUAGGUUUCGGGUUCUUAUCCAUCCUCCUCACUUCCUCAGUUUUAAUUUUCUCUAUUCUCCUUGCACUCUCAAAGCAAAAACCUGAGCUGAUGGAGGAAUCAGUGAAGGAAGAGUUUCCAAUAUCGGACCGGGAGAGUUUACCCGAAAUGGAGGAAGUUCCCUCAAAGCAGCAGCCUGAAAGUAAUAGUGUUAAACAGGAGGAGUCUGCCCAAGAGGAAGUAGGACCUCAGAUUCAUGAGUUCAUAGUCAGAUCACCAGAUAUGGAAGAAGAUCUACCAAAGCAACAGCCUGGAAGCGAGUGUGUUAUACAAAAGAAGUAUGCCCAAGAAGCAGCAGAGGGCCAGAGUCAAGACUACACAAGCAGAUCCUCCGAUUUGUUGUCGGAAAGCGAGGGCCAGGAUCGCUCUUCGACAAGUGAGGAUUCUGAAUUAGAGUGGCCAUUCCGGGACAAUGCGGUUCAAAGCCCUGAAUUCUCUGAUGGGUCGAUUUCGGACGAGGACAGCCUCAUUGAAAUUGCCCUGCCAAGUGGGCAUUACCUUGUCCCAAAAGAAGAAGAGGAAGAAGCACAGUUCAACUUCCAGCAGAAACUGCCUAGUUUCUCGCCAGCGUCUAUUUUUCAGCAGCAGAGUCUAUUGGAGUUAUUAUCAGAGGUUAAUGAGAUGAAUGAGGAAGAAAACUUGAUUGAGAUUGACAUAUCAAUGGGCUCCAUCAAGUGUUCAAGGUUUGAGAUUGAAGCUUAAGUUGAUUGUUUCAAGGAUUAAUUAAUUUUCUAGCUACUUACAGUUUUUGAUCCAUUUGGAUUUGGUGUUGGGACUUCUGUACCUCUUCCUCUAAUGUGUGUACCACUUCCUCCAAUGUGUGAUAAUGUUAC